CUGCCUGAACAGAUGCCCCUCGGAUCAAUGACCUGAAGGUGACUGACCCGUUCCCCUGGCUGGCCAGAGACACUUAUGUAGGUCGUCUGAGCUGUGACACUACUGCCGGUAACCCGUCUACCACACGGUACACGUGGUACAGGGACGGUACACCGGACAGUUCCCUGACAUCACAGACGCUCUCCUUUGACCCACCUACCAGCAGUGAUAAUGGACGGUUAUACAAAUGUAGGACUGAAAACGACUUCACCGACGCCAGAGGAUCGGCUUCGGAGUUGGACAUAAUAUUAGAUGUACAAUAUGCUCCCAUUAUAACACUCUCGGCCUGUCCAGAAACAGUUAACGAGACAGACAAUUACCGGUGUACCUGUACAGCUGUAGGUAACCCCAACCCUACUGUUAUCUGGUAUCCUCGGGAUUCGUCGACCAACAACAUUCUGGACUUACCAUCUAUAAACAGGAACAAGGCCGGGCGGUACACAUGUAAUGCCACGUCAUCAUCUCAGAAGUUUGGGUCGCUAUAUACCCAGUCCGAACUCAACCUUGUGGUACAGUAUGCCCCGGAUGUAGAGUUGUUAGUGCAGAACGCCACGGAACACGAUACACAUUUAGUGAUGACAUGUAAUGCGGCAGGUGUUCCAAACGUUUACACUUACGGUGCUUGGACGCAUAUGUACGGCACAACUCUCGUCAGGACCCUCACUGGUGACGUCACGACUGACGGCAGGCCCCUCACACUGGCCAGCGUUUCAUAUCAGGACAGUGGAACUUACGCCUGUCAAGUACAGAACUCUAUCAGGGGGAGGGACGGCCAGCUGAUACAGACAGAAACGGCUGUCUUUGAUGUCAAAGGAAGCCCAAAACUACUUGAGGGUGGAUCGAUUGAUAUUGCGAACAAGGGCCAACCUUUUCGUAAGUCACUGGUAUUCAUCAGCAACCCUCCUCCAACAGACAUGUACAUCAGUAGGGAAGAGCGUCUCUCAUCCACACAGAAUCUUAUGAUCACAUUUACAACAGAGAGCGUCUCCGACAUUUUCUACGGCAAGAUUCUAACACGUCCCGGAUACAAAGUAAAUUUGUAUUUCCCGACAUUCCAAAUCCAUCAGAUGGGAAACUAUAGUCUAACUGUCAUCAACCCGAUAUACCCACAUUUUGUAUUUCACUUUACUAUCUUAAUUAUAGAUGUCCCAGACACACCGACUGCCCUGGUCGUUGACCAGAUAACAGCGAGUUCUGCCGUAGUGUCAUGGAGACCGGGUAAUAAUCGAGGCCGAGAGGACCAGCAGAUCCAUGUUUGGUUACUACAGCAGUCGUCAACCACGUGGGACAUUAUAGAUGUCACUGAAGAAACUCCAAGCGUACAACUCACAAACUUGGUUCCUGCUACGACUUACACAGUUCUACUAUUCGCAACAAAUGAAAAGGGCAGUAGUGAAAAUUCAACAAUGCGAUUCACCACUUAUCAACGAGUUUGUGAUGACACCUGUCCAUUGUACGUUACCUCCAUUGUUCUUACCUGUGUCUCCGUUAUCAUACUGCUCAUCAACCUAGGGAUUGGUGGGUUUAUGACAAGAUUUGGACAUCUUCCAUUUAUGAAACGACGGAUGAACAGCACCAAUACGUCCCCCAAACCGUUCGCCAGCAUCGAGGAUUCCGAACACGCAACGGCAGGAAUAACAUCUGAUCAGGAACGAAGUCUGUAUACUGAAUUGAAUGCAACAGACUUUGCAGCACAAAACGUGUACGACCCAGCGAGACCUGCACACGAUAUUGUCUUGGAUGAAAGAGCAGAAAGAAGCAAUUAUGAAACACUUGGAGGAGUAUCGGGCCCAAAUGUAUACGAGGAACUCAAAGAAAGGAGAGGUUCAAGCUCAAAGCAAAUCUAUACCAACACGUCACUCAUUAAGGACGGAUAGACAGCGACUUAACUACGGAAAUUUGAUGUUUGGGAACCCAUCAUUGGUCAACUGAUUUAGCUAAGAUGGCAGAAGUGUAUUUAGUUUCAUCUAAAAUGUGUCAUUCGUGACUCUAAGAUGUCAAAUAGGUACUGGUUAAAUUACGUGCAAUGUUUUAAACGGAUGGAAUAGUGCUUGUUUGUUUUUUUGUGUCAAAUAUACUUAUGUAACAAAUACCUAAUUAUUCGCUGUUCAUGACAAUGUAUUAACAAAUAUGCAUUUAUAACAUGUACUGUAUAUAAACAUUAAUACAACUUAACAUUUCAAAUAAAAAAGUGAAGUGGUUCAAUGUCCAAAUUGUGAUCUACAUACCACGUCUUAAGGAUGUACUCUUCUGAGGUUUCAAUCACGUUCAAGUCUCGUUUUGAUCUGGUG